AUGGCGGAGCCCGCCACCGCCGUGAGCCAGCUGCUGGGAGCGACCCGCGAGGCGCAGCUGCUGCAGAGCUUCUUGGGGGUCAGCCUAGCAGCCGACGCCAACGAGGCUGCCGUCGGCGUCGACAAGAAGAGGGCCGUCAGCUUCAAGAGGGCGGCCGCCGCCGCGUCCACAGAAGACCAGGCGGAGGAGGAGGAGGAGGAGGAGGUGGAACGGCCGAGGGCCCGCCGGCCCGCCCGUCGCAGACCGGGGGCCGUCCUCCGUCGGCCACCCCCACCGCCCCCUCAGCACCAGGAGCAGGCGUCGUCCCGCAAGGUGCUGAGCCCGUUCGCGCAGAUCCUGCGCGAGAUCAAGCUGCGCACGCUGCACCAGCAGCAGUCGCGGCCCCGCCAGCGGCGGACGCGCGCCGCGCCCUACGAGGAGCUGUACACCGACAAGGACCGCGCCGCCGCCGUCAGCAUCGGCUCCGACGACAUCAAGGCCUCGCUCAAGGAGAAGAAGAGCAAGGAGCGCGCCGGCGACGCCGGGGGAGCCGCCGCCGGGGGCGUGUCGGCCGACCCGGGCACCCUGCUCGCGCUGGCCAGCCGGGAGAUGAGGGCCGGCAGCCCGCGCGUCGCGCUGCGCUUCGUCCACAAGGCGCUGGAGCUUCGGCCGGAGGACAAGGGCGCCCUGGUGGCGCGCAGCAAGUGCUACCUGCUGCUGGGGCAGCCGCAGCUGGCGCUGCAGGACGCCGAGGCGGCGCUACGGAGCGAGAUCGUGCGGUGCUCGGCCAUCUUCCAGAAGGCGGAGGCGCUGUACCAGCUGGGCGACUUCGAGCACAGCCUGAUGUACCACCACCGCGGGCUGCGCCUGAGGCCCGAGCUCGACGGCUUCCGUCUGGGCGUCCAGAAGGCGCAGCAGGCCAUCCGGAACACCAUCGGCGGGAAGACGCUGCUGCUGACGCCGGAACCGCCCGAGCCGCCUCCGGCACUGGCUCAGACUCCGCCAGACGACAGCAAGCAGGAGACGGCGGCCACGUCGGUGCCCAGCUCGGGGUCGGCGGCGGGGCGUCGCAGCGCGAGCGCCAGUGCCAGCGCCGCGGCGCACCACGGCCACGCCCCCAGCAGUCGGCCGGCGUCGGGCAGCGCGUGCACGGGGGACCCCACGGCGCGCCGCCUGCUGGGCGCGCUCUGCGUCGACAAGCAGUACCUCGAGCAGCUGCUCCAAAAUCCCGAUAUUAAAUGCCUGCGUCAGGAAGCUGCGAGUCACAUCUUGACGGAGGCGGAGGAAGGCAUCGAAUUCCUCAAGACCAGAGAAGAGUUCUGGCGACAGCAGAGGCCCAUACAAGUGAACAACAAAAAGAAGAAGAAGCAUUAG